AGAGAACUUGAUGCACCCACUCGUGCAGUUCCCCUGCAUGUAUCGCAAUAAAUUAAUAGUCUACUUCUUUUUUAUUAAUUUUUUUGAGAGGAAGAAAGAGAGGAAACAAGAAACCCAGCUAUGUAUCUUUAUCUUACCAUGAGUACAGGUACAGUCCAUAGAAAGUGAGAGAAAGGGAGGCACAAGCAACCACCAUUCAUGGAGUGCCCUCUGCUGUCGGUCGCCCCUUUCUCCACCGUCUGAUCCCGAACCAGGAAGAGGAGCUAUGAUGAAGUCGGCGGCAGCGGGGAAGGGAAUGAUGGUGGGGUCGAGCCCGGGGCGAGCGGAGAAGCUGCCGACGCCGGGGCUGGCGAGGCUGCUGGGGAGUGGGGGGAGGAGCCGGGGGCGGAGCGGCGUGGCGCGGUCGAGCCCGAUGUUCGUGACGCGAAGCCGGAGCGUGGGGCGGCCGGAGCGGGCGGAGGGCCGGGCGGGGGAGGAAGGGGAGCCUUUCCCCCAAGGUCACGUGCAUCGGCCAGGUCCGAAUCAGGAACAAGAACAAGAUCGAGAAGAGGGACACGAAGACGUCCAAGCCCAGGGAGAGGCUGCCGACGGCGACGGAGCGGUGCCCGUGUCUCCAGAGGUCGCUGUUCUGCUGCGUGUUCGUCGGUCGGAAAAAGGGCUCCGGCGGGCAGCCGUGGCGGUCGCUGUGGUGGCGGCAGCGGUGGUCGAGCCUCCGAUCUGGAAAAAGCUGGAGGUACCAGCAGAGAAAAUCAAUCGAGAGGAACGAGGUAGAUCUCAUGAAACCACCGAUAGAAAUGGAGGAGGUGGAGGAGGAGGAUUUUUCGAAUCGGAUCGAGAAGGAUAUAGAGAUGACGACGAUGAGGAGGAGGAAAUGGAGAAUGAGGACGAAGAAGAGACGACGGUUUUCGUGUCGUCGGCGAGCACGACGCCGCCGAAGAACGCGCUGCUGCUGAUGAGAUGCCGAUCGGCGCCGCACAACCGGGCGUCGUCCCUCGCCACGAACCGAUUCCCGGUCUCUCCGCUUCCGCCAUCGGAAUCAGGAUCUUCUCCGGCGGAGAAGGAAGCGGUCGGGAAGGAGGUAGAAGAACGAGAAGAGGAGGAAGGGGAGGGGGAGAAGUCGAGCAAUGGGAGCUCGAGGGACGGAGGGGAGGAAGGAGAGGAGGGGUCGCGGCCGCUGGUGCUGACGCGGUGCAAGUCGGAGCCGGCGAGGAGGUGGCGGUCCGGGAAGCGUCUUACUGUUUUUGGGCCAGCAACAGCGGCAACAGCAGGCAGCGACGGUUGGCCCUCGUUCACGAGGAGCGGCCCCCACCACCUCUCUCUCCCCCGCGGUAAACCCACGUCCAACGCAAAUAUUUCUGCUGGUUUCCGAUUAAAAUUUUGUUAUUAGCGUAGUUGUUUGUUAAGUGAGUGGUUUAUGGAUCUACAAAGUUAUGUGCAAUGAAACUCCCAUGAAUACCUUGUCUUCUCCAUCUGACACGAGAGAGGAUAGUUUAAAGUUUUUUCUCGAGAUCUAUUAUUUUUGUGGGAAUCCGAGAAUGGGGAGAAUCUCCAUCCACAUCACUUUGCGGGACGGAGAUGGAAGAGACCAUCAUAUUUCUAUGUAGGAGAAAGGAGCAACUUGUGUCCGUACGCGUCACAAAGAGUAAACUAACGUCACGGUCAAAUGUCACCAGGCGUAAGUCUUCGAUUUGUUUAUGGUAAACAAUUGGUUUGACACUGCUGCUAUUUUUGCCCCGUUUCCUGCUCUCUGGAUGGCCUCCGUGUUGCAUCCACCAGGUGCCGUUGGACGGCGUCACCAAUUCCCGACCGCGCGCCAUCCACCGGGCAUAUGCUCUGGGAUUUGCCCUGGUUCACUUGCACCUGGUUCAGUUCGUGCAAAUAAUUUCUCCUCCGGAUGGGGGAUGGUGGUGGA